CUAGACCCUUCCUAAAUCUUGGGGGAAAAACAAGAUUAAUUCAAAUGCGCAUGCGCAUUAUCACACGCCGGGAAGCAUGGCGCUUGGUUUUAAACAGUGACUAUUUAAAUACUGCAUUUAAAUGAUAAUGGAAAAAGCGCUAAAACCAUAAGGUAGAGGUGAACGAUUUAGAGAGAUAUUUACAGACCGCAUCACCUCUCAGACACAAUCACCGAAAAGAAUUUGGUUUGGCAUCUCUGACAAAUGCUUGGUGCAGCAUCAGGUCCAUUCCGCUCCAGAGAAGCAGAUGGUGUAUCUGUGAGCAGGAUGAAAAUGAAGAAAAAAACUUCACACAAGCAUAAGCACAAGCAUCAUGCGGCAUUAAAUAAGUCAAUAAUUCGACCUGUACAAAACAUUAUUGGCUGCAGGAUAAUGCACAAAUGGAAGGAGGAUUCUUCCAGUCCAAUAUCAUAUUGGACUGGGAAGGUGCUAGACCAAAUUCCAGUAAACCCUUCCCUCUAUCUUAUCAAGUAUGAUGGAUUUGAUUGUGUAUAUGGCCUGGAGAUUUUCAGAGAUGAGAGGGUUCAAGGUCUUGAGAUCUUGCCUGAUAGAAUCGCUCCAUAUCGAAUUAACGAUGCUCGUUUAGCUGAGAGGAUGUUGGGCCGAGCUGUGGAGCACCAGUUUGAGACCGAAGAUGGAUCAAAAAAUGGCUGGAAAGGGUUGGUGCUUGCCAGAGCUCCCAUGAUGCCCACAUGGUUUUUCAUUACUUAUGAGAAAGACCCAGUUCUAUACAUGUACCAACUUCUUGAGGACUAUAAAGAAGGUGACCUUCAAAUACUCCCAGACACAGAAGAACCCACUGAGGCUGGUGAAGAAAGUCUUGUUGGAAGGCAAGUGGAGUAUGAGAACGAGAAUGGCACAAAGAGAACAGGCACGAUUAUUCAUCAGGUUCAGGCUAAGCCAUCCGUAUACUUUAUUAAAUUCGAUUAUGACUAUCACAUCUAUGUUUAUGACAUGGUUUCCUGGCAAAAAAGUGUAGCCAUGCAGAAAAGAUGGUUUGUGGCCAUGGUGGCCCGUACAAAAAUUCUUAUUAUGGUUGCAUUUUGUUUUACUCUAUUCCUAUAUAAACCAGACUGCGGAUAUAAUAAAAAUCAAAACAAACAAAUUUUGCCCAAAGUGACAAUGGAUGAUAUGAAAUAUCAAGCUUUGCUGCAUGAAAACGAGGAGAAAUAUCAUCACUAUACUGCCAGGCUAAGAAAGCAGAUCUUCCAUUUGAAAUAUGCUCUCAGAGAGAAAAGACAUCUACAGAAGUCCUUGCAACAGGCUGCUAUAAUGCAUCCAGUGGAGCUGGAGGAAACACACAAGAGUAACUCAGAACUUGAGGUGUUCCUUCACAAGCAGCUGCAUCGUAUGAAAAGUAAUGGGAGUGCAAAUAUACCAAAUGAGCAUGCUCUGGUGCCAUGUGAGAGUUUUACACUACACAGUGUCUAUCAGCUUGACACCGAGCUCACAAGGGAUCCUGUGCGAAAAACACUUCGAAAGGAUAUGGCUGGUGCAUUAGAAGCAGCUCUGCAUAUCCUUAAUGGUCCUAAAGAUAAGGAUGACCCACAGUAUCGUAAGACAUACUCACCACGUGAUUUCUUUGAGGGAAUUGUUCAUUCUGAGAGAGAUAAAGGAUCUCUAUAUGAUCUCUCAUUCAGAGACAAUUCUUCUCUGGACUUCAGGAGGCUGGAGCUCUUUCGGCCAUUUGCUCCUCUGCAAAAUGUGAAGGAAGAAGCAAUUGACACAUCCAGGAUGCUAAUAAAUAUAAUUGUGCCAUUGGCCAUGAGGGUUGACACAUUUCAACAAUUUAUGAACAAUUUUAGGGAAAUUUGUGUUGAUGAUCAACAAAUCCAUCUUACUGUUGUGAAUUUUGGAACAGAGAAGUUAAACGAAGUAAGAAGAAUAAUAGACACCACUGCAAGAAGAAUGAGAUCAAGGAACAUCACUCUUAUCCAUCUAAGUGAGAAGUUUUCCAGAGGACAGGCUUUGAAUAUGGGAGCUCGAGCCUGGAAGAAGAGCAACGUCCUCCUAUUUUUCUGUGAUGUUGAUGUCCACUUUACCGUUGAUUUCCUAAACUCCUGCCGCGUUAACGCCCAACCUGGUAAAAGAGUCUUCUACCCAAUACCUUUUAGUCAAUACAACCCAGAUGUAAUUUAUGGAGACCAUAAACCUACUCUUGAAAAACAGCAGGUAAUCAAUAAAAACAGUGGAUUCUGGAGAGAUACUGGAUUUGGAAUAACAUGCCAGUAUUUGUCAGAUUUCAUCAACAUAGGAGGUUUUGAAGUAACAAUCAAAUCUUGGGGAAAAGAAGAUUUGCACCUCUACAGAAAAUACCUGCACAGCAAACUUAUGGUAGUGCGUGCACCUUCACGAGAAAUAUUCCAUAUGUGGCAUCAGACAACUUGUGCAGAAAACCUAUCAACACAAUCAUUUAAUGAGUGCAUACGGACAAGAGCCAUGAAUGAGGCCUCUCACAGUCAGAUUGGUAAAUUAUUCUUUCACCAACAAAUAGCUAAUCAUCUGCACAAAUACAAUCAAAUAGAAAAUUCAUGA